AUGAGCUAUCCUGGAAAAACUGAUCUUGGUCUCAGGCACUUUCAUGUGAAUCACAGCGCCAACGUAGGCAGUGGAGCCCAGGAAUUCUGGAGCUCUGAACACCCGCUCCCUUUCUGCGAGAGACCAAAACUCCUGCCUCACUUGGUGUCACAGAAGUCCCCGGUGCGCCAAGCAAAUGUGUUUACUUCUGCUGCCCGCCAGGCCGGCGGGGAAGGGGAGUACCCUGGCCGCGCCACACUUUCGCCCCUGCAGCUUUCCAAACAAACCGAGGCGGGAUGGGAGUGUCUUCUUGGCUGUGGAACUCGAUCCUCCUACCUUGUCCUGAAGCCACCCGCUGCUUUUCCCCGGCCCUCCCUUCGUGGUGAUUUUCCUGUCCGGGACGCCCGGGAAGGGCGCGCGGCCGGUGUCCCCCCAGCCCGAAAGGUACGGGCUCGGCUGCUUUCCCGCCUCCCUGCUCCGGGGACGGAACCCGCAGGCUCCCUCUGCAUUGCACCUUCCUCCGUGAACUUGGGGGCGGCCGUGGUCACCGCGCGUCUGGCGCCAGCAGCCGAGCAGGAGGAGUUUCCCCGCAGCUCCGGAGGCGCUCGGCGCAGUCGCCUGGGAUCCGGACCCAGGCGCGGAGGGAAUCGUGCCCGCGCCGCCCCUGACCCGGGCCACCUUCCUCCGGUUUCCGCCGGCCUCGGGCUUCGGCGGCCCGAUGCGGCAGGCGCCGCAGCAGCCGGCUGGAGCGAGCGGCGGUGGGUGGAGAGCAGCGGGCCCCCAGCCGCCGAGCCCCGCACGCCUCUGCAGUCUCCGCUCCUGGGCCUUGGCCGCACUUGCAAGUGAAGAAGCAGCCCAACCCUUUGUCUU